AUGCAAAACGCAACGAUCCGCGCGCGCCAAGACCGAAUAAUAAUAAAAGACCAGUUCUACUGCGACGAUGUCGAUCGUGAGGCGAUUAUGAAGAACAAGGAAGUAAGCGCUAAGGACGUUUGCGAUUACACAAUUCGAUGGCCGUUAACGGUUAACCGGCGGGCUUGGCGAGUGCGUAUCGGCGGGAACACGGCGGCGGCUAUUCUUGCGCGUGCUGCGGACGCAACUGAGCACGCACGGGCGCAGCGCACACGGGGGAUAAAGUACGCGGUCCACACGAGCGGGGCCCGCCACGAGUCGCUC